AUGACACUCUCGUAACACCGGACCGCCAAUCGAGUCUUCUAUGACGCCUUGACGAACUUGUUUGACGACUACUUCGGAAUCACUUUCGAUUAUCACGCGGAUCAAGGAUCCGAAUUACCCCAUAAUUUUAUAAAUGUAAAAAAAUUGAAAAAACUAGAAGUGAUUGAUCCAAUCAAAUCUUGUGGUUGACUGACCGACCGGUUUAACAGAAGAAAAAACUUAACCGAUUAUUAUUUGUUGCAGUGAUCGACUUGUAAUUACCCAAUUCGGGAAGAAGACUGUUUCUGAGAGAGGAGAUAUGUCUGGAAUAUGGAGGAGGCUGUCGAGAGGCUGUAGAGCUGCGCAGCCAUGGCGCACCAUCACCUCCCGCUCGUCCUCUUCCUCAGCCAAUAUCUCGGCUGCCGUCGAUUCCAUGUUGCUCCGCUCCAUCAAGGAGCACUACCUCGACGUCUCCAAGAUGAACCCUCCGCCGAAAGUGAGCCCUCCUUCGGGCUUCACAGUGCUGAAAGGGGCGCUGGAUGGGAGUAACGGCGCAGUCCUCAGUCGGAGUUACGGCAACGAAGAAAUCAAUAUAUCUGUAAUGAGGUUGUCCAACAUAGUCCCUGGAGGCGGCGGUGGGGCGGACGAAGAAGAGGAUGAUAUCAACCAAUUGUUUCUUCAUGUGGAUGUCUCCAAACCUGACCAGCAUAAGUCGCUAAAUUUCCUCUGCGGGCUGUAUCCAGAUGCUCUUGGUAUUCACUCUGUUUCACUAAGGCCCAAGCUUGAAGCAUCUGGCUUUUUUGAGCUUCCAUCCACUUACAAUGGCCCUGUUUUUGGGGACCUGGAUGAGAGGAUGAGAGAUGCAUUCCAUGCCUACAUCGACGAGCGAGGGGUGAACGAAGAUCUAUUUGCUUUUCUUCAAGCCUGGUUGUAUGUGAAGGAUCACAGGAAUCUGCUGCGCUGGUUCAAAACAGUGGGUUCACACAUUAAUGAAAAAUCGGUUGCAGAAGAUGCAUAGAUAUGGAAUUAGCAUGUAGCAGGUUUAGUUAAAACAUAAAUGAGUGAGUGGUUUAUGUACUGUUUACUGCUUCCAGAUUGUCUCUUUUUGUAAACUGCUCCUAUUGUAUACGACAGAGAUUGUCCUUCUAGUAGGCCUAUCAUCAGAACUGGUGUUUCAACUCAAGAUUCUGCUCUGAUCUUCUACACAAGUUCAACUGAGAUGCUGCUUAAUUUCAGAACACGAAUUGGUCGAAUACUGUACCCAUGACUGUGGAAAAAAUGGUCGUAUACUGAAGCGACAGAUUAAUGUGAGGUUCAUCCAGAGUUCAGUAAUACACAUUUUAGAAAUUCUGUAAAUUGCAUCCAUCUACCCAGACUAUUUUCUUUUUGUCAAACAAACCUCAAAAUUGAAGACUACCAAGUAAUCUUGUGAUUUUGUCUAUGAGGCAGUCUUCAAUUUUGUUUAUGAGGCAUGAAGAGACUAAUGGGUUAGACUUUAGAGUAAAGUGCAACAUUUUUC